AUGGCCACUCUCUCUCUCUUCCUUGACGUCCCACUCACCAGGGAAGUGAACUGGCUCCUGGAUGCCUACCGGGAGGAUCCAUCCCCUGACAAAGUGUACCUUGACCACAGGGACUGCCAGACUGAAAUGGGCAAAGCGUGGGUCUGCCCAACCGUGAGACAGACCCUGCUGCAGAUCGUCAACGACCCAACCCUGGACCAUGAGUACCUUCCAGUGCUGGGGUUCCCCGAGUUCACCAGGGCAGCUACCGAGCUGGCGCUUGGCAGGGAGAGCCGUGCUGUGAUUGAGAACAGGGCAGGUGGCAUUCACACAGUAGGAGGGACGGGAGCUGUUCGAAUUGGAGCCGAAUUCCUAUGGCGCUGGUACAACACAAGUAGUCCGACUCCCAUAGCAGUUUAUAUUGCCUUCCCGCAGUGGGACAGCCUCCGGUGUAUAUUCCAAGAUGUUGGCUUUACAGAGAUCCAGCCCUACCAUUACUGGGACACUGUGAAGCUGGCUGUAGCCGUAGAAGGAUUCCUGGAGGUGCUGGAGAGUGCCCCGGGCUGCUCCAUAGUUGUGCUGCAUGCUCCUGAGGAAACCGGCCUGACUCCCAAGCAGUGGGAAAAAGUUGCCAGGGUCAUGGGGAGGAAGCGCCUCUUUCCCUUCUUUGAUGUCCCGGCUCAGGGGCUGGCCUCUGGAGACCUGGACAGAGACGCCUGGGCUCUGCGACACUUUGUGGCCCAAGGGUUUGAGCUCUUCUGUGCCCAGUCCUUCUCGAAAACCUUUGGCUUAUACGAUGAGCGGGUGGGGAACCUGAUCGUGGUGGCGAGGGACAAUGAGACGCUGGUGAGAAUCCGUUCCCAGCUGGAGAAGCAAGUGAUGGGAACUUGGGCCACUCCUGCCAGUUUGGGAGCCCGGGUCAUCGCCACGGUGCUGAACAACCCGACCUUGUUGAACAAGUGGAAACAGAGUCUCCGGAUGCUGGCGGAGAAGAUCAUGCUGAUACGGGAGAAGCUGAAGGAGAAGCUGCGGAUCCUGGGUACGCCUGGCUGCUGGGACCACCUCACAGCCCAGUCAGGGACGCGCAGCUUCACCGGGCUGCUCUCAUCCCAGGUGGCUUUCCUAGAGAAGCACAAACACAUCUAUCUUCUCGGGAACGGCCAGGUCAGUGUCUGCAGCAUCAACUCACACAACCUGGACUACGUGGCCCAGAGCAUCAACGAGGCUGUAAGCAGCACGGAGGGCAGGGCACAGGGCCUGAGCUGGGCGGAGAUGGAGUGA